AUGAAUCUGAGGAAGGAGAGAGACUCCGAGGAUGACACACCGCUGGCUAAGCUUGCUAGUAAAUAUAGUAAAGAACGAUAUGAUUGGUCUUCAGAAGACGACGUACCCUUAUGGGAGUUGUCAAAACGAAUGCAACGAAAACAACAGACUGUUGAGGGCUCAGAAAAUUCAGAUAUUGAGAGUGACCACAAAAUAAACGAUGAAUUAACACAUUUUGAUGAAAUGGGUGUAAAUGCAUGGUUUAAAAAAGAAUCGGAUUCCGAUGAUGAGCUGCGUGUACUGAUUAUUGGACAAAGUGGAUCAGGAAAAAGUUCCCUAGCAAACACGAUUCUAGGCCACGAAACAUUUAAGUCAAAUGCACUUGGGGAUUCACAGACAAAAACAAUAUAUGCUGGAAACACUCAUAGAUUUGGUAGAAACAUUGUGGUAGUUGAUACACCAGGUCUUUUCGAUAGAUCCAUGUCCAAUUCAGAGGUAUUGUUCGAAAUUGCUAAAUGCUAUGCUGUAACAUCCCCUGGUUUGCACUCCAUUUUACUGACCAUUGCUAUCGGAAGAAUUGAUAACCAGAAUUUGCAGGAAACAGUUGAUCUCUUUCUGGAAGAAUUCGGAGAAACUGCGCUAUCUUUUAUGAUUGUGGUAUUCACCAAUAAGCAUUUAUUAGAAGCAGAAAAUAUGUCUAUAGAAGAUUAUUUAUCGUCGUUUUCAAAAUCCUCAUCCCUUUUAACACUUUUGCAAAAAAUAAAAGGAAGAUAUGUUGCUGUCGGAUAUAAAGGUGACAGAAGAGAACGCAUUAAAGAGGCAGAAACUAUCAUAUCAAUGAUUGACAAAAUGCUUCGUGAUCAACCACUGAAACUUUUCCAAAACGAAGUUUACAAAAAAACUGAGAAAACCUUAACAACAGAAGCUGAAAGGAUGGUACAAGCCGUAAAACACAAUCAAAAUGUGGAAAAGAAAAUUUCUAAAAUGAAUCCCCAAGAAAUAAGACUUCGCACCAGAAAAAUAAUCAUAGAAGAAAAAUAUUCUGAUGAAAAUGACGGUGAAAAUGAAAUAUCAUUUUCAAAAAUAUUAAAACAGAUUUUGAGCUUUAUUGUUCGCAGUAAAAUAGGGAUAUAA